GCCUCCUAACCAGGUGCGGGAUUGCGUAACACGGGCGCACCCGCCAAUCACGGAUGUGUCCCUGACGUGAACCCAACCACGAUUGCUGCAGCUACUGCAUGGCGCGCACUGGGUACAUCUCCCAAUCGGUUCCGGUAUACACCCCACCACAAACUGCAAGCCACAACUGCACUAUAUAAACCCCAGCUAUUCCCCUUGGUUAUGUAUCAAUCAAUUUCAUUACUACUACAACAUGUCUCUCAUCAAAAACGCUGACAUUGUCACUUUAAACAACGGUGUUCAAAUCCCACAAGUCGGGUUCGGUACCUGGAAGUCCGAAGACGGUAAGGGUUACGAAGCCGUCAAGAUCGCUUUGGCCAACGGCUACACCCACAUCGACACUGCUGCUAUCUACAAGAACGAAGAGGAGGUUGGCAAGGCCAUCAAGGAAUCUGGCAUUCCAAGAGAAAAGUUGUUCCUCACCACCAAGUUGUGGAACACCGACCAGACCCGUGUCGAGGAAGCUCUUGACGAGUCCUUGAAGAAGUUGGGCACUGACUACGUCGACCUCUACUUGAUCCACUGGCCAACCCCAUUGGACGCUGAAGGCAACCCCCUGGGCCACUCUUUCGUCCAAACCUACAAGGACUUGCAAAAGAUCUACAAGAACACCAAGAAGAUCAGAGCCAUUGGUGUUUCCAACUUCACCAUCGAGGACCUCGACACCUUGUUUGCUGACAAGGAGGUUGACGUCGUUCCAGUCGUCAACCAGAUCGAAGCUCACCCAUUGUUGCCACAACAAGACUUGUUCGACUACCUCAAGGCCAAGAACAUCUACGUCGAGGCCUACUGUCCAUUGGGCUCCGACGGUGCUCCUGUUGCCAAGCACCCUACCGUGGUCAAGGUUGCUGAGAAGCUUGGUGUCAGUGCUGUGCACGUAUUGAUCUCUUGGGCCAUCCAAAGAGGCAGUAUCGUUUUGCCAAAGUCUGUCAGAGAAAAGUACAUCAUCAGCAACAGAGAAACUCUCCACCUUCCACAAGAAGAUUUCGAUGCCAUCAACGACAUCACCGUGCACGAGAAGCCACAAAGACUCAACAACUACGGACCAAAGGACUUCAAGGACAAGUUCUAAGGGUAUAGCCAGUUAAGUAUUUAAACGAAUGUACGUGAAAAAUUGAACACAUAUG